AAUUGUGGUCGGUUGCUAAUGACUCGCGCAGACGGUCUGCAUCGUAGAAGCUAGACAUGUCGGUGCUCACGACCCUGGUGACGGACAGCGCUUUCGUGACAAUUAUCCUUGCCUUAGCCACACUGCUCUUCCUCUUCCUCCUCUUUAAGUCCUCAAAAAAGGAUGGACAGUACAAAUUCCCACCAGGACCCAAGCCCUUGCCCAUCAUUGGCAACCUCAACAUUCUUGACACGGACCGGCCUCAGGACACAAUGUGUAAGCUGGCCGAGCAGUACGGCGACGUUUUCACCUUCCACAUGGGCAAGGAGAAGUACGUGGUCAUCACCGGCUACGAGGCUGUGAAAGAGGCUCUCGUCACCCAGGCCGAUACCUUCGGGGAGAGAGGGCUAACCACUGCAUUGGGCAACAUAACCAAGGGCACGGGCAUUAUAUUCGGCACGGGUGAGUCAUGGAAAACGAUGAGACGCUUCGCGCUGAGCACCCUCAGAGAUUUCGGCAUGGGCCGCAGCACCAUUGAGGACCGCAUUGUGGAAGAGGCACAGAAGCUUCUAGCUGUCUUCCAGGAGCACCACGGCGAGCCCUUCAAUCCCAUGAUCAGCAUCAACUCUGCCGUCUCCAACGUCAUCUGUCAGCUUGUGUUUGGCCACCGCUUUGAGUAUGAUGACAAGCAGUUCCUGCAACUGCAGUCUCGGGUCAAUGAGACUAUCCGUCUGUCCGCUUCCCGCAGUUUGCAGAUAUAUAACAUGUUCCCGUGGCUGGGCAGGCUGCUGGGUGACGUCAAAAAAAUGCUCCGCAACACAGAAACGAACCGAGCCUACUUCAGGAAGGUGUGCCAACAGCGCAGGUCCGAGCUGGACAGCAAUGACCUGAGGAGCUUCAUGGACUCCUUCCUUGCCAGGCAGAAGGACUCAAAGAACCAAAACAAAUACUUUCAUGAGGAGAACAUGGUGAGUUCAGUUGCAAACCUCUUUGCUGCGGGAACAGAGACGACCUCAACCACCCUGCGCUGGGGCUUGCUGCUCAUGAUGAAAUACCCCUGCAUCCAGGACAAGGUUCAGACAGAAAUUGAGCAAGUAAUUGGGAGAGAUCGCCCCCCAAGGCUGGAGGAUCGCAAGAACAUGCCCUACACUGACGCGGUGGUGCACGAAAUCCAGCGCUUCGGAAACGUGGUUCCGAGCAACCUGCUACACCAGACCAAAGUGGACACCACCUUCAGAAACUAUCACAUUCCCAAGGGCACCCUCGUCAUCCCACUGCUCACCUCCGUGCUGUAUGACAAGACACAGUGGGAGACGCCCAUGCAGUUCAAUCCAGGCCACUUCCUGGACGCAGAGGGUCACUUUGUCAAGAGGGAUGCCUUCAUACCUUUCUCUGCAGGCCGCAGGGUGUGUGUGGGAGAGACCCUCGCCAAGAUGGAGCUCUUCUUGUUCUUCGCUGCCCUUCUGCAAAGGUUUCGCUUCCAGCCACCGCAGGGUGUCCGUACCGAGGACCUGGACCUGACCUCAUCCCCGGGACUGACCUCCGCACCGCUGCCUUACAAGCUGUGUGCCGUCAACUACUGAGAGAGAGAGAGAGAGAGAGAGACAGAGAGAGCAAGUGAGCAGAAGCAGCAACAUACAAAUAUACAGACACUCACAGGCACAAAAACACAGGCGGACACACUGAGAAACAAAUACACUUAUCUUGGAGCACAGAGACUGGAAAACACAGACACACAGAUACUCAUAAAGAGACGGGUCCACAGUUAGAGGCAGGCACACAGACGAGAGAUGCAGCACAGGACAGAACCACACUGACACAAACAUCUCAGACACACAGAGGUGCGCUCUAGACACAGCGGCAUCUCCAUCUGUCUCUCUUAUCCUGGUCAGGGCAACGGGAGAGCAGAGCUGCAAAAUCAGCAUAGGAUGGAGUCUGUCAUAUAUACUGUAAUGCGAUAUGUGUGAACUUUAUUGUAAGUUUUUAUAUAUAGAAGGAGAUAAAACACAAACAGAUUUGUGACAGCAUACUAAAAAUAUAUGUUUUAAACUACCA